AUGUUUAAAUUUGCCAGUGCUUAUGGGUUAGCACGUUUUCAUAGAUGCAGAUUUUAUCUUGAUGAACCUUAUAUGAAAAUUCUCAAUGCAACAUUUACAAUAAAUAUAACUUUUUUAAAUAUUCUCAAAUCUGAAUAUUUAACUUUAUCUGGUAUUGGUUAUAGGGACAAUACUGCUUGUCAUUAUUCACAAAAAUUAAUGUUACCAAAUUCUAUAAGAUAUUUAGAAUUAACUGGUUAUUGGCAAGCAUAUCGUUAUUUUAUUAAUUAUACAGAUGAACUUCGACAACAAUUCACUUUCAGACCCAAUAUUAUACAAACAAUUGCACCAUUUAUUCUUCAAGAAUUAAAAGGGCGUAUAUUGUGUCAACCAACAUGUAUUCAUCAAAAUCAAAGUAAUAUUACAUUAGGAAAUAUUGAAACAACUGUUAAAGAUCAAUUAGACUUAAAAAAUAAAUUGAGAGAAUUACCUUUUACAUUAGUUGGAAUCCAUUGGCGUCGAGGUGAUAUGAUGAGACCAAAUAAACAAGCAUAUGGUCAUACUGUUUCAUCAUUUACUUAUUUACAAAAAGCAAUGAAUUAUUUUUUAGAAAAAUAUACAAAUGUUAUUUUUAUUGUAACAAGUGAUGAGAAAAAUUAUUGUAAGAACAUUUUCUCAAAUAAUUCAAAAGUGAUUAUAACUCCAGACAAGUUUACAGGUGAACAAGAUCUUGCUAUGCUUACAGUUUGUCAACACACAAUUGUUACUAGUGGAACAUUCGGUUGGUUUGCAGCAUAUCUUGCUGGAGGAGAUAUUCUCUAUGAUAAACUUUCACCGGCAAAGAAUUCAGGUCUCGAAAGAGAUUGUCCUCCAUCACAAUAUUAUCCACCUGAAUUUAUUCCUAUGAGACGAUAA